AUGGUUCUGGCUGUGGUGAGAAGAAGUGUUGCUGUUGCAUUAGCUACGAGAAGCGAGGAAUCAAGGCUACAGCUACCUGGAGCCGAAUGUAUUGACUGCGAUUCGCACGAGGAGACGGUGCUGUUGCAACGCAUGAAGUCUUCGGAAGAUCACACUGCACUGGGAGCCGACGAGUGGAGGUGGCAAAAGCAUGGCUACCCCAAGUGGAACUGCGAAGAUGAUGUUCGUGCAGCGCAGCAGGACUGGAGGGGAGCCAUCCUCGACAUCUCCGCGGCAUACCGGGAGAAUACUUCCAGUGGAGAAUUUGUGACCGUGGCGAUUGAUGCCAUCGAAAACCUCUACGGCUACGACAUUGGGCCGGUGACCUUCAAGCCGACCCUGGCCGAAGAGGAGCCCUUCCGCCCCACUUUUGAUGGUGCAUUGUCAUACUUCGUUGGAUACGACGCCAUGCAGGCCUUCAACGGCGGUGGCGGCAUCCCGGAAGAUAAAGGCUUUGCCAUUGCAGGUGGUGAUACGUGGUCAAAGGUCUUGUUCUUCAAUGACCAGAUCAGCUGCGUGGGGGAUGUUGCGCUUGCCCAAGGGUACUACUACUUCAAGAAUGCAACCUCCGGAGUGGAGACAGGCGUGGAGUACACCUUCGCGUACAAGAAGAUGUGGGAAGGUGAGUUGAAGAUCGUGACCGCUCCCUCCGGCCCUGAACUGUCGGGCACUGGCCCCUCCCCGGCCCCCGAUUUGAUCCAGGAAGGCCAGACAGGAGCUGCAAGCAUCAAAGCACGUGCUUGGCCGAUGAAGCCUUGGCCCAUGAAGCCAGUUUGGUGGCGUGGCCGCGGCUUCAAAAGGAGUUACAGCGGCCCCAGCUGCGAGGAUCGUGUUGCGGCAGCUCAAGAAGAAUGGAAGGAUGCGAUCCUGAGCAUCUCUGCCGCGUAUCAGCAGGGCGGGACUAACUCAAGCUAUGAGCAGAUCGCAGUGGAUGCAAUCAGCAAGCUCUACAAUUACGGCGAGUCCAAGGUGUUAUUUAAGCCGACCCUCGCGAUAGAGGAUCCCUUCCGCGAGACAUUCUCCGGUGCCGCAUCUUACUUCCUCGGCUACAACGCCACGGAGGAGCAAGGAGGCUUCCCUGAAGACAAAGGCUUUGCUAUCAAUGCCGGUAAGACUUGGUCGGCGGUUGAGUUUGUGAACAAUCAGACCACCUGUGUGGGGGAUGUCGCGCUGGCACAGGGCUACUACUUCUUCACCGACAACGUCACCGGGAACGAAACCGGGGUCGAGUAUACCUUUGCCUACGAGAAGAAGAAGACAGGGGAGUUGAAGAUCAUCGCCCACCACUCCUCCUUGCCGGCAUCUUAUGGUCGAUGA